GUGGGGCAAAAGUUCCUUCACAUAGUGGCCGACCAGGUAUCCCUAAGUUCAGGGAUGAAAUGGCCCUGAUUCCUUCAGUUUGAGUGUUACUAUUUCCAUUACUUGGCGAAAAAGCAGUUGAGAAGGGUUUCUUUCAGUUUGGAGCAAGAAGUAAAAAUAGAUUUCGGCUGUUUGAAGGAAGAAGUGGAAUCGGUUCCCUUUAGUUGUGGGAAGAAGAAGGACGAGUGCCCUUUCUCUAAAAAAGAAUGGGAUGAGUCAGUUUGAGGAGGCAGGUAGCACAUCUUCCUCUCAGUUUGGAGGAAGAACUGGGAUGGGUGUCCCUCAGCUUGAAAACUGGAGUCAACCUUCCUCUGGAGCGAGAUGAGCCGAAUUACCUAAAGUUGGGUAGAUCCCUCUGAGUUUAAAGGGAAUUCCAUAGGUUCCUUUGGUUUCAUGGAAAAGAUGAGUGGAGUUCUCUCUAGUUUAGGGAAAAGGGACGGCCGGCCGAUAUCUCUCCAUCUGGGAGAUAAGAGAAACAGCUUCCUUCUCAGCCUGGAGUGAGUUGGGCCUAGUCCGGGGCUUAGGGUGACCGGGGACGUUGGGGACUGAGUAGUCCAUCACCGCUUUGUGGAAGCGCCCUGUGCGCGUGCGCAGCUCUGGUCCGGGCGGGGGCCUUAAGUGGGUCUCAGGUUUGGGGGAGCAGCGCGGAAGGCAGCAGUGCACUGCCCCCUGCGGUCUGCACAGGGCGGUGGCUUAGUGAGCGGCCUGGGCACUUGGGGCUGGCUGCUUGCGGCCGGGCGGCAGUCGCCACGGAACCGCGUCCCUCCUUCCUGGCCCAGUUCCCCGGGACCCUCCGCCCCUCCAGCAACAGCUGUCUCUGGAGGACGGUGGUCGCUCACCGCUCCAAAUCCCGGUGAUGGGAGGUUUCGGGGAGGCGGACUCGGAGGAGUAGAUUUUGGGACUGAGGGAAGGGCUGAUUUGGGUAAUUUCCGGAGCUGGGAUUAGUCUAGAGGGGAUGGAGGAGAGGAUUCCGACUGUGGUCGUCCGGAGCAGAGUCUCCGAGUCCAGAUCUGGCCCGAGGUAUCGGAACCGGGAUUGGGGGGAGCGGGCCCCACGUGCCUGUGACGCGGGGGCGCCCGGUAGGCGGCGGCGGCGGUGGCGACGCGGGGCCGGCGGCCGUUUGGUGCCGGGAGGGCGGCGAGGUAAGCUGCAGGAUGCUGCGCGCUGCACUGGCCCUGCUCGGGCUGCCCCUGGCGGGGGCAGGGGCGGCCGAAGAGCCCACCCAGGAGCCGGAGUCGCGGGGCGAACCUCCCCCAGGCUUGGCGCUCUUCCGCUGGCAAUGGCACGAGGUGGAGGCGCCUUACCUGGUGGCCCUGUGGAUUCUGGUGGCCAGCUUGGCCAAAAUCGUGUUUCACCUGUCUCGGAAGGUAACAUCUCUGGUUCCUGAGAGCUGCCUGCUGAUUUUGCUGGGCCUGGUACUAGGGGGCAUUGUCUUGGCUGUGGCCAAGAAGGCUGAGUACCAGUUGGAGCCGGGUACCUUCUUCCUCUUCCUGCUGCCUCCUAUUGUGCUGGACUCAGGCUAUUUCAUGCCUAGUCGGCUGUUCUUUGACAACUUGGGUGCCAUCCUCACCUAUGCUGUGGUGGGCACACUCUGGAAUGCCUUCACAACAGGCGCUGCUCUCUGGGGCCUGCAGCAGGCUGGACUUGUGGCCCCCAGAGUGCAGGCUGGCCUGCUGGACUUCCUGCUGUUUGGGAGCCUCAUCUCAGCAGUGGACCCUGUGGCUGUACUGGCUGUCUUUGAGGAGGUGCACGUCAAUGAGACUCUCUUUAUCAUCGUUUUUGGGGAGUCCCUGCUCAAUGAUGCAGUCACUGUGGUGCUGUACAAGGUCUGCAACUCUUUUGUGGAGAUGGGCUCUGCCAAAGUGCAGGCCACUGACUACCUGAAGGGAGUCGCCUCCCUGUUUGUGGUCAGUCUGGGCGGGGCAGCCGUGGGCUUAGUCUUUGCCUUCCUCCUGGCCCUGACCACACGCUUCACCAAGCGGGUCCGCAUCAUCGAGCCGCUGCUGGUCUUCCUCCUCGCCUAUGCAGCCUACCUCACUGCUGAAAUGGCCUCACUCUCUGCCAUUCUUGCGGUGACCAUGUGUGGCCUGGGCUGUAAGAAGUAUGUGGAGGCCAACAUCUCCCAUAAAUCACGCACAGCUGUCAAAUAUACAAUGAAGACUCUAGCCAGUUGUGCUGAGACUGUCAUCUUCAUGCUGCUUGGCAUCUCAGCUGUGGACUCUUCUAAGUGGGCCUGGGACUCUGGGCUGGUGCUGGGCACCCUCUUCUUCAUCCUGUUCUUCCGAGCCCUCGGAGUAGUCCUGCAGACGUGGAUGCUGAAUCAGUUCCGGUUGGUCCCUUUGGACAAGAUUGACCAGGUGGUGAUGUCCUAUGGGGGCCUGCGGGGGGCUGUGGCCUUUGCUCUCGUCAUCCUGCUGGAUAAGACCAAGGUCCCUGCCAAGGACUACUUUGUGGCCACCACUAUUGUGGUGGUCUUCUUCACAGUCAUUGUGCAGGGCUUGACCAUCAAACCACUGGUCAAGUGGCUGAAGGUGAAGAGGAGUGAACAUCACAAACCCACCUUGAACCAGGAGCUGCAUGAGCACACUUUUGACCACAUUCUGGCUGCAGUGGAGGACGUUGUGGGGCACCAUGGCUACCACUACUGGAGGGACAGGUGGGAGCAGUUUGACAAGAAGUACCUGAGUCAGUUGCUGAUGCGGCGGUCAGCCUACCGCAUCCGGGACCAGAUCUGGGAUGUAUACUACAGACUCAAUAUCCGGGAUGCCAUCAGCUUCGUGGACCAGGGAGGCCAUGUCUUGUCCUCCACAGGCCUCACUCUGCCCUCUAUGCCCAGUCGCAAUUCUGUGGCAGAGACCUCUGUCACCAACCUGCUGAGGGAGAGUGGCAGUGGAGCGUGUCUGGAUCUGCAGGUGAUUGACACAGUACGCAGCGGCCGGGACCGUGAGGAUGCUGUGAUGCAUCAUCUGCUCUGUGGAGGCCUCUACAAGCCACGCCGCAGGUACAAAGCCAGCUGCAGCCGCCACUUCAUCUCUGAGGAUGCGCAGGAACGGCAGGACAAGGAGAUCUUCCAGCAGAACAUGAAGCGGCGCCUGGAGUCCUUUAAGUCCACCAAGCACAACAUCUGCUUCACCAAGAACAAGCCACGAACCCGCAAAGCCGGCCGCAAGAAGAAGGAUGGUGUGGCUAAUGCUGAGGCUACAAAUGGGAAACCUCCUCGAGACCUGGGCUUUCAGGAUACAGCUGCUGUGAUACUAACUGUGGAGUCUGAGGAGGAAGAUGAGAGCGACAGUUCAGAGACAGAGAAGGAGGACGACGAGGGGAUCAUCUUUGUGGCUCGGGCCACCAGUGAGGUUCUCCAAGAGGGCAAGUUCUCAGGAAGCCUUGAGAUAUGCCCUAGCCCACGCAUCAUUCCUCCCUCUCCAACCUGUGCAGAGAAGGAACUACCCUGGAAGAGUGGGCAAGGGGACCUGGCAGUGUAUGUGUCUUCAGAGACCACCAAGAUUGUUCCUGUGGACAUGCAGACAGGCUGGAACCAGAGCAUGUCAUCCCUGGAGAGCCUGGCAUCCCCUCCUUGUACCCAGGCCCCCACUCUAACCCGCCUGCCCCCACACCCACUGGGUACUGAAGAGUCCCAGGCACCUCUUGAGCUAUCCUCUGAUCCCCGUCCUAGCUUUGCCUUUCCCCCAAGCCUGGCCAAGGCUGGCCGAUCUCGAAGUGAGAGCAGUGCUGAUAUCUCCCAGCAGCAGGAGCUGCAGCCCCUCAUGGGCCAUAAAGGCCACACCCAUCUUAGCCCUGGCACUGCUAAUUCCCACUGGUGCAUUCAAUUCAACAGAGGAGGGCGGCUGUAGCCCAGCAUCUGGGGAAGAGUAGGUGACAGAACCCUUGUGGGAAGUAUUCCCUGAGCAAUGGGCAGAGGAGCUCACUCAGUCUGACAUGGGGCCAGAAGGGUCUGGACUGAAGCAGAACUAGGUUUCCUUGGGGAUGGUCAAAAGGGUCUCUUGGGCUGGUCCUCACAGAGACUCUUCUCAUCCCUGCUCCUAACCCCUUCCAUUUCCAUUUCAGUAAUGGCUCAGGACCCAGUCCAAAGUUCUAGGGGCUGGGCCCAGAGAUUUGGGUAGCUGACGUCCCUUCCCUAGGGAGUCUUCCUAGGCUCACUGUAGACAGCUAGCUGUUCCUGCCCCUAAAAUAAGGACAUCAUUCCUUCCCUACCCUUUACCCUGUCCCUCCCUAGUACUAGGUCAGGGACAGUGCCCUAACAGUGAGGCUCAGCAAGAGGCUGGUCCUCAGAGGCACUGGAGUGGGAGAGGGAGCGGGCCUCACCCUUGGUCUCUGGUGUCCUAUUGGGUCAGUUGGUUUUUUUGUUUUGUUGGGGUAGUGGGCAUCUUUGUCUCUACUCCUUGCUUUAGCCCUUUCCCUUUGCUGCAAGGUUUUGGGGUAAUGGUUCUUCCUUUUCCAGGACCAGGGCCCUGGGCCAGGCUUCAGUUAAAACUGCUUCUUAGCCAGAGUCCCUCUGGGGAUCUGAUACUAUGGGCCCAAAUCUGGGACUCUCUGAUGCUUGAAUCUGGGUUUUCUGAGGAGGGGACACAGUAGCCUCUGGGCUCCCAUGUCACCAUCUCAAUAUUCUUCAGAGAAGGAACCAGGUAUCCCAGGGCUACUGCUCCAUUGCUCCAGGGGCUGAGAUGCCUAGCUAGAGUGAGAGCAGGGGCUGAGUGACAAGUGGCUUUCCUGGGGUUAGCCCCUGCCUUGUGUUUUGUACCUUAGACCCAAGAUAUAUUAAAAAUCUCUCAGAUGGA